AUGGACUUCUUUCACAAAGAGUGGGGAUGGCUGGAUUCUGCUCAGAGGGACUUAUACAAGGAUGUGAUGGUCCAGAAUUACAAGAACCUGGUCUCUGUAGCAGGUCUUUCCAUAACUAAGCCACAUGUGAUCACGUUGUUGGAGGAUGGGAAAGAGCCCUGGAUGAUGGAGAAAAAACUAUCAAAAGUUUCCUUCUUUUCACAUACUGUUUUAUCUAUUAUGUCUAUUUUACCCAUUUCUGUUAUCACUCCUGCUGCUUCCGUGAACUCUGUAUUCUCUGCUCCAUUUGAGCAUUGUUCAGAAAUCAUUGAAAUAUUUUAG